AUGCGGGCGGUACAUGGGUUCGUCCGUUCGUUAAAAGUAGAACCACAGCAUGUGUUAGGUCUUGUAGCAGUUCUAGAAAAAGAAACCAGAUCUUUUUUGUCAAAACACUCUGGCAUUGUCCGUACUGAACUGGAGGGGAAGGAAGUAAAUGUUGUCAUUAGAGAUAGUAACAUUGAGGAGAGAUUGGUAAGAAUUGCUGGGAUUCCACAGAAUCUUGACUCAGGGGUAGUCCAAACUCGUCUUAAAGAAUAUGGAACUGUAAUUGAUACUCGUUGGAAACGCUAUAGGGCUACCGAGGAUGACGAGGUCUUAUACUCAGUUCUUGCCACUUGGAUGAUUGUCCGUAUGACAUUGACGAAGAACAUACCUUCGUACGUAAACAUUGGCAGUUAUCGUGCCAUUGUGAAGUACGAAGGUCAACGACCGACUUGCAGACUUUGUGACGACGAAAAUCAUUUUAGUAACAAUUGUCCUACCGUUAGAAGGAAUAAAGAAGCUAGCAAUGCCAAGAAAUCUCUUGGUGCUCAAAAUAGCCACGUAGAAGAGGCAGCUAAUGCUGAGCCAACGGUUACAAUCCAGGAAAAUGCCGUUUUACUUACAGAACCUUCUAAGGGAGUCUCAUUAGAGCUUUCAUCUGAGGGAAACGAAGCCAUGGAGACCGACAACUUAACAGCCAUUAACGAAUUAGCUUCUUCUGACAUUCCUCCAGGACAGUUUCUCCCAACUCAAGCCGUGAUCAUCCCAGAAACCCAAUCCCUAGGAAUCCGUAUACCUUCAGUGUCAACAAUGGAUUCAACUGUACCCGAUACGGGGAAUGUUGUUGCCAUUGAGUCUGACACUGACAAUGCCUCCCUGACACCAAAUGACUACCAGACAAAAAAUAAAAAAGCCCGGACCAAAUACUUACCUACGAUCACCGACAAAAUUUAA